UCCGAUCUGGGACGGAACUUCUGCCCGCAUUCUUUACGUCCGGCUAUGGCGAUGUGCCACUUCCAUUUUUGGAUUCGGGAUCAUCAUCAUCGUCAUCAGCAUCAUCAUCGACAGCACCAGCACCAGCACCAGCAUCGGAGCAGCAAACUCUUGGUCGCGAUUGCGCUUUCCAAAUGAACGAGAAGGUACUGUGUCGUCCACCGUCGAGACAGGCGAAAUGCAGCAACCUGGAUCGAAGUUAAGCAGUGAAAUUUCUGAACAAGGAAUGACAUCAGAGAUCCCUGCCUUGGACGACGGGAGGCGACGGAGCUCUCGUCUCAAAGGCAAGGCUUCUUCAAUACAUGCGGGUACUGAUGGUGGAAGUCCCCCUGUUAUUAAACAGCCAUCAGGUAGUGGAAGAAAAGGUAGGCGGAAGAAAGCUCCUACAGCAGAGAGUGUGCAAUGCAUUGGGGAUUCGGUUGAGGAAUCGAAGAACGAUGUUAAAGUCGGAGCUUUCCAUCAGGAUUCGACCAUGAAACCUGAGAACGCAGGUGCUAGUCCAGUGGAAGUUAGAACCCCAGUAGGUUACGCUUCGAUUUGUGGGGAACCGACAUUGCCACAUGAGACUGGUGAAGCGAAAACGGCAAGAGUCAAGAAAUCAGAGGACCUUGGUAUCCUCGAUGAUCCCCUUUGUGUGGUUAAAGAGAGUGCUGGAACCACUGGACCCGCCACACAUACAAGAGGGGAUUUUUGUGACAGUAAUAUAUUUGAAAAUCUUCAAAGUAUUGUGAUAUUACAUCCAGAAGAGAAUGCAAUCCACAACGAGGUUCCCAGUACAUCCAGAAGUGAGGCCCGAGAAAUGAUUGAAAUACGAGUUGCAGAUUUGCCGGAGGCGAACCUAAAGGAUGAAAAAUGUAGGCAAGGAUGCACUGGACUUAUCAAUGCUAAUUCUGAAGGUACAAGUCCUGUGAUAUCCGAUCAUAAGGAUGUCACAGCCAGAGUAGACGUUCAAUCACGUUGUGAAACCAUUUUUCAACUCCCCAAGGAUCUGACAGAAAUUGAGGCACAGCCUCAAGUGUCGGAUUCUAAAGAGGAGGAUGCGUCGAGAGAGAGUAAUAGCGCCUCAAAAGCAGGCGAAGACGCAUUCAAACUAAACGGGAAUGACGGAGAGGAUUCGAGUUCUGUGACCUCUCGGGAUGACGUCGCACAUACCACAGCUGCAAGCGUAGAUAAAGACAGUAAGGUCACAUGUGGUGAUAACGCAAGAGGUGGUGCUACAAAACUUGCAUCUAAGGCCUCAUCAAGCGAUGUACACAUGGCCAGGAGUUCUGAAUUGCUAGCUGAAAAGACCAAACACUUACAAUCUGGGAAAGAGAUUUCUAUUUAUUUUGAGAAGAUCCAUGAUUAUGAUGACCAUGUGGGAAGUAGGAGCAGUUCAGAGGCUAAAAUCUCAAGGGUAUGUCCUUCCAAAAGCAGAACAUUAACUCUCGGUUCUCAGGCCUUAGAAAAUGGGAAUGAUGGUAAUCAAAAGACAUCCUCAAGUCCUUUGGAAGAGAGACCGACGUUGCAGACAGCUUUAGAAGCUGCCUGCCCUCAAUCAGGUGGAGUAGAAGGUGCUUUGCUGCUUGACAAAAAGUCCGACUCACUCAAAUCAGUCAAUCAAGAGAUAGACGUAUCCACUGGUGAUGUUCCGGGUGCCGUGAAGGCUGACAGCAGUGUUGUGGUUACAGAAAGUCUCUCAAGGCAGACUAAAAAUACUGCUGUUGGAGAAGACGAUUCGAGUGGUGUAACUGAGGGUGAUGAAAACACUACUAGUGAGAAGGUGGAUGAGAGCAUUAGCAUCGACUCUAAAGCUGGAUGGGUUAAGUGUGACGAUUGUAAGAAGUGGCGUAGCAUUCCAGUGGAGCUUGCUGAGAAGAUAGGGGACACAAAUGUCUAUUGGUCAUGUAAGGAGAAUCCGAAUAAGCAGUUCGCAGAUUGCUCUAUCCCUCAAGUGAAAAGCAACGAAGAAAUAAAUAGAGAUCUAGGAAUUUCUGAAAGCUCCUUUUGUGAUGAAGAUGAAGAUGGAAAAGAAGAUGAAACCUGUGAUUCUAGGCCCAUGUAUAACGGUAUACAAGAGAAUGGACAAGCUGUGUGGACGCUUAUAAAGCGAAAUAUUUUCAAACACCGCAACCAAAAACACCAAGAUGCUGAUGAGGCAAUGGUAUGUCAGUGUGCGCCUCCUAAACCGGGGGAAGUUGGCUGCGGCGAGGACUGCUUAAAUCGAAUACUCAAUGUCGAGUGCUUGCCGCAACAAUGUCCAUGUGGACCAUUGUGCACAAAUCAGCAGUUCCAAAAGCGGACUUACGCAAAUGUGGAACUAUUUCGAUGCGGGAAAAAAGGCCAUGGACUUCGAGCCCUGGAGAACAUACCAAGGGGCACAUUUAUCAUAGAGUAUGUUGGGGAGGUGUUGGACAUGCCAUCUUUUGAAGCGCGUCAAAAGGAAUAUUCGAUGAAUUCUCAAAAGCAUUUCUAUUUUAUGACAUUGAGUGCCAAUGAGAUUAUUGAUGCUUGCAAUAAAGGCAACUUGGGGCGUUUUAUUAAUCAUAGUUGUGAGCCCAACUGUCAAACGGAGAAGUGGAUGGUGGACGGUGAAGUCUGUAUUGGGCUUUUCGCUAUCCGUGAUAUAAAAGAGAGAGAAGAGGUCACCUUUGAUUACAACUUUGUACGUGUUGGUGGCGCUGAUGCCAAGAAGUGUGAGUGUGGUGCAAGUAAAUGUCGAGGUUUCAUUGGGGUUGACCCAGACACUCCACAGAACGUUGUGGAUGUUGAUAGUGAUGAUGGAGAGGAUCCAGAACCUAUCAUGUUAUACGCAGAAAGCGACGAGGAACGUGAUAUUGCAGCCGGGAAAUCAAAAGAAGGGGCGGCAAAGAAAGCAAGAAUAACAGCAGGCAGUGAGAGCAUGUACGAUAACAAUUGGAAAUUUGGAGGAGUGAAACGUAAGUUUUACUCAGGAAGAGCGAAAGACCUGGUAAGCCCGAAGAGAUCAAGACGAGUAAAGACAGCAGCAGUUUCUAAAGUAGGAAGCCACAGAUCAGCACCAUCAAGACUUUUUGCUGCCUCUCGCUUUGGCACUCGCAAUACUUACCACAGUGAUGUUGAAGAGAAAUUGGGAGAAUUGACGAAUGAGUUUGGAGGGCUUCGAAAACAAAAGGACGCUGCAAAACAGUAUCUAAAGCUGUUGGUGCUUACAGCAGCUUCUGGUGGCAAUGUGAACGGGGCUGCUGCCUGCAGUGCUCGUGACCUAUCGAUGCUUUUGGAGGCACUUCUCAAGACUCAAAAGUCGAGUUUGCUGAAGGACAUCAUGGACAAGAAUGGUUUACAGAUGUUUCACAACUUGCUUAAGCAGUUUCGGAAGUCCUUCGAGAAGAGACCAAUCCUUCGGAAGCUGCUUAAGGUUUUGGAUCAUUUAGCAAAAAGGAGGGUUUUAACAGUCGAGCACAUUUUUAGCCCUCCGCGAUCAGGCAAUGAAUGCUUUUCCGACACACUCUUUGACCUUUCUAGGCAUGAUGAUAUGGAGGUUCAGAAUAUGGCUCGUAAUUUUCGGAAACUAUAUGUUCCACCGCGGCCUCAUAAGCCUGUCGUAAAUACUGAACGGCCCCUAGUUAAACCACAUUUGCCACAAACGACUGUUACCCUCCCCUCACCCUUAGUGAUGGAGUCUCCUCAAGUAGGCUCAUCGGCUAAUAAUUCAGUGGAACAGCCAGUAGAAGGUAACUCAGCAAACCCUCCUACAGGUAGUGGGCGGAAAAGGCCAAGUAGGUGGGACACUGUUACAGAUUCUGAUGCACCCUAUGAAGCAAGCGCGCCAUUAGGGACGCCAAACCCAGCGCUGUAUGGCGCUGUCCAUCAUCAGCAAGUCGGUUCAUCAGAGCAGGGUGCUUCCGGCUUCACACCCAGAAGUCAUCUUUCAGCAGCUUCAGGUUCGCAACAAACAUCUACGACUAUUUCCUCAGAUCACUCACAAAAGCCUUCAGUAUCUUCAACGCCAGCAGGAAUACCAGGACGAGCUUCAGGACCCCCUCCACCUGCUCAACAUCAUGCUGGUCAUCAUGUAGUUCAGGCUGGGGGAUUGCAACAUCAAGGUUUUCCACCUGGUCAUAUUCCCGUUCCGAUGCCUGGUCAAAGACCAGCCAUUUCUCCUGGGCCCGUACACUUGGGCAUGCCUAGGAAUCCCAUGGGUAAUGAUACGCCUCCAAUGUCACAAAGACCAUGUAUUGGAGGGAAGCUGCUGAGACCAGAUAUGGUAUCUGGACCACACCCCAUGCAAGGCGGCCCCUUGCAAAUACCAGCAGUCGGUAUGCAUCCUUUACCUUAUGCAUACCAUCGAGGUCACCCUAACCAGGCUGUUCCACUCGUGCCCGCUAUGCCCUCCGUGCAAUGGCCGAUGAUGUACCCUGUGUUUGGCGGGGCUUCCUUUCCACCGCCACCUCAACCUCAACCUUGGCGACAUAGUGGCCCGAGGCCGAUGGAUGGUUUUGCUGGCCAUGCUUUUGGGUUAGGCAGAGAAGGUUCUGAAGACAGUAGAGGUCAAGCGAAGCAUAGCUAUCCCGUCUCACAAAGCUCGAGUAUGAAAAGUACGAGUAAUGAGCCGAGAGAACCAGAGACGGCAGGAGAACCUCCCAUACCAGGAAUGUCCCCUACAAGCCUCCGAGGCAAUCGUACGUUAGAAAGAACCAUUGCCGGGUUACCUGAGCCAGCACAACGUUCUGCUAGGUCUUACAACGAAAGUAGAGUUACAAGGUUAGAAGCUCCUCCACAUACUCAAAGAGAACACGAGGCAAAGACAAGGGGUUAUGAUUCAAAUACGAUGAGUCGUUCUCGUAGCAUACCAAGCGAUGUAGUGUCUAUACAACAGGUCUACACUCACCCAGAAUAUAGGGAAGGUGUGCAAGACAAAGGCCAAAGAGAGAUGAGUUGGGAUACCCCUGAAUGUUCAAGCUUCCACCACCAUGUGUCAGGUAUGGUACGUGCCCGAGUUGAGAUGAAACAAUUGGUACAUUAUAAGGACUUGGAGAAGUUUUGCAGCAAGCUAACUGAAGUCGUCACUCGUAAGGAGAUCAAAAAGCAUAGAGAAAACAAAACACAGGGAAUGACGAAAGUAAUCCUCAGAAGCAAACUACUGGAGAAGGUGGAUGCUUACGUAGACUUGCAAAUUGGGCUUUAUAGUAAAUCGAGCAAAUUGAAGAGUGGCGAAGGGCAGUCCUGAAGGAAGCCACCAGCAUCUGGUCCAGUUCAGCGGCUUUUGUACAGUAGUCCCAAAGAAGCCCCACCCAACUUUUGCGUUCUAGUGUAGACUUAUUCUUCGAAAUAAUGGCAACAAACACGGGGCACCGCUUGAUGCUUGUGUCCCAUCUUACAAAAAUUUACAAUGUUGUGGCAACCAUUUACCCCAGGUUAAUGAAACAAUUUUCUUUUCUUCCAGUCCCUAGAAAUUA